AUUGCUCAAAUAUACACAAAAAUAAUCAAACCAAGAAUUUCACCUCCAUCUCUCUCUGGUUCUUAUUCAAAAGUGAACAAGUUCAAGGACACAUGGAAGAAGCAAUGAAGAACAACAGCUUCAUAACAAUAAAACAUCACAUCAACGGCUUCCCGGUUGAGUCUGAUUUCGAGCUCAAAUCUCAUCCUCUUCGUCUCUCCGCCCAGCCCGGUUCCGCCGACAUCGUCCUUAAAAAUCUCUCUGUCUCCGUUGACCCUUAUCAGAUUAACCGUAUGAAAACCCACAGUCCUUCUCACACCGUUUCAUCUGUCACUCCUUAUAUCAUUCCCGGACAGGUGAUUGAUGUUCAUGGUGUGGCAGAAGUUAUGGAUUCAGACGACUCUGAAUUUCAAAAGGGUGACUUUGUUAAAGGGAUUAUACAUUGGGCUCAAUACAGCGUCGUUAAAGCUGGAGAAAGCGCUCUAAUGAAGCUAGAUACCAUGGAAUUUCCAUUGACAUACUAUCUCGGAAUUUUAGGGACGAGUGGCCUCUCUGCCUAUGCUGGUUUAUUUGAUGUCGGAAACGUUAAGGAAGGGGACAAUGUGUUUGUAUCUGCUGCUUCUGGUUCUGUUGGGAAUUUAGUUGGACAAUUUGCAAAGCUACAAGGUUGCUAUGUUGUUGGUUCUGCUGGUUCUAAUCAAAAGGUGGCAUUACUAAAAGAGAAGCUUGGAUUCGAUGAAGCAUUCAACUACAACCAACAAAAAGACUUGAAAUCAACGUUACCCAUGUACUUUCCAAAUGGAAUCGAUAUCUAUUUCGACAAUGUGGGUGACGAGAUGUUAGAGGCAGUGAUUGCAAAUAUGAACCCAUUUGGGAGAGUGGUAGUGUGUGGUGUUAUUUCAGAGUACACAAAAUCGACAAAAGGAAAAGGAGGUACCAUAAACAUGAUGGAUAUUGUGUACAAAAGAAUCAAGAUCCAAGGCUUUUUAGUCUCCGAUUAUUUGAAUGUUUUCCAAGAUUUUAAAUCCAAGACCGCCGGUUACCUUCGCUCUGGUGAGAUGAAGGCCGUCGAAGACAUAUCAGAGGGUCUCCACAACAUUCCCUCUGCUUUCAUUGGACUCUUCCAUGGCAAUAAUAUUGGGAAGAAGAUUGUCAAACUUGCUUAGUGUUGGAAAUUAUGAAUUACUUUCCUUUGUUUUCAAGUUUAGAAAACCAAACUCUUUAUUGGAGUGUGUUUUAUUUCUAAGCAAAUGACACCAUUUUAACGAAAAUAUAUGCCUUUGAUCAAAGAUGUUGAGGAUCCCAUGUUAGAAAUAAAAAGAUUCCACAAUCUUUAUCA